CAACUGCCGGUUCUUGGCAGUACUUUCCUCACGCUCUGACAGUGUGAGAAAAGUGCAGCCAAGAACCGGCAAUUGCAUUUCCUGGUGAUCAGCGUGUCAUUGGACACGGCUGAUCAUGUGGUAAAAGGCCGCUGUGAUUGGCCUUUUACCAACAUCACGUGAUCAGCUGUGCCCAUCAGUGCCCUGAUGAUACGUGCCCAGCAGUGCCACCCACCAGUUCCACCCACCUGUGCCCAGCAGUGCACCCUCCUGUGUCCAGCAGUGCACCCACCUGUGCCACCCAGCAGUGCCACACACCUGUGCCCAGAAGUGCCACCUACCUGUGCCCAGCAGUGCCACCCACCUGUGCCCACCAGUGCCACCCACCUGUUCCCACCAGUG